CAAUACAUGGAUUCUUCACUAGAGGGCUCUUUGUGGGGAAAAGUAAAUGAGGAAGUGAUGAUGUUAAAGCUGAAUGCAGUUUGUCUGCUGACACACUCACACAAGUCAGUUAUUCCUGUUAGACAGAUGUUGAUUUUUAAUAUUCACUCAUUUUUUUAUGUUUUCAAAGCUCUGAGAAAAGAAAAGAUGAGGUCUUUUGAAAUAAUCAUAAAUCACGUUUAUGAUAAGAAGUAAAAAUCUACAACAGCCAUGUUGUUGGCAGAAGCUGGAUGUUUGUUCAUGGGUUUCAUUCUGUGUCUCUCAGUUUCUGUUAAAGGUGUAAAUGGAGGAGAAACCAGGAUCUGUGCUCUCAAAUGUUCAUCAGUGGAUCUGCACUGCUCACAUCAAGCUGUUGCAGAGCUGCAGGUAAAGGUGAUUCCUGCCACAGAGGGACAGACAGUAACACUGAUGUGCAGCAGCAGCUGUCCUCUGACUGAAAAGCCUGCAGCCUACAUCUGGUACAAGAACAGAGAGUUUCUCUAUGAGGACUGGUCUCCCUGGUACCAAGAGCUGCUCAGCAGUGAGGAAGCAGUCACAUACUCCUGUGCUGUCAAAGGCUACGAGGAUCUCAGAGCCCCUGAAGUCUCUGUGGAUUCCAUCACACAGACCUGCUUCAGUGUGACCUAUGCUAAAGGGAGAAUGUGUUCUUCUCAGCAGACAUCAGUGGACGAGUCCUGCUCCAUCACAUAUCCCAGAGAAAUUCAUGUCCAGAGGACUCCUGCUGAACACAGAGGUCACAUCAGACUGACCUGUAACAGCAGCUGUUUUCUGACUGACCCUCUGAUUUCCUUUGUGUGGUAUGAGAACAGAAAGCCUACACUGAAGGAGGGAAAACAGAUUCAGGUUACCAGCUCUCAUCCAGACAGUUUGUCUUGUGCUGUUAAAGGUCUUGAGGAUGUGCGCUCUGCUGACGUCUGUGUUAAUGAUUCCUGCUGGAGUUUGAAUUAUGUCCACAGCAGAAUCUGUGCUCUGGAAGGAUCUUCAGUCAACAUCUCCAGUAAAUACUCACAUCCUGACUACGUGCAGAUACAGUCUAAAUGUUGGUAUAAAGUCAAGAGAGAAGCUGAACAGCUGACUGAGGAUGCAGAUCAUGUGGAGUAUGAUGACAGCAUGAAGAACCAACACAUCCUCAGAUUAAAGAAGCUGAAGAGAGAUGACUCAGCAGAAUACAGGUUCACCUUCACAACAGAAAAUGAAGAAGUGAAUCAGUCUGAUUUUCCUGGAGUUACUCUGAUUGUCACAGAGCUGAGAGUGAAGAUGAGUCCUUCUGCAGUGGUGACAGAGGGUCAGAGAGUCACACUGACCUGCAGUACCAGCUGUCCUCUGACUGACAACACAAACUACAUUUGGUACUUGAACAGUCGACCUCUGACCCCGAGAGAGAACCAGAACAAACAUCUGAUCCUAGACCCAGUCAGCAGGGAGGAUGCAGGAAGCUACUCCUGUGCUGUGAAAACCAACAAAGAUAUCAGCUCUGCUCCAAAGACUCUCACUGUCCAAAGUAUCACAGGAACAUGGACACCAGCAGCUGCAGGAGUUUCUGCAGCUCUGCUGCUUUUAAUACUUCUCACUGUCUGCUGGUGUGUUGGAAGAAAGAGGAAAUCUCACCAACCUUCAAGAAAUGAAAAUUUGGAUGAUUUGGAGUAUGACGACAUCGCAGCUCAUCGAGGAGAGCAGGACCUGAACUACCAAAGACUCCACGUCUACAAGAAUGAAUCAGAUUCUCUCUACUCCACGAUUCCUCCAUCUCAGCCCCAAGAACAACAUCACAUCCACUACAAUCCUGAAUCAAAGAGGACUUGCAGACAGUCUCCAAGAAGAACCUCAGACAACAAAGAGCAGAUGAACCCUGAAAGUAUCUCAGCUCAGUCAACAGAGCAGGAUGAUCAUCACUACAGCAGACUGCACUUCAGUGAGAAGCACACAGCUGAUCUCUACUCCACCAUCGAGCCACUGCCUGCUCACUAAAGAAGAGUUCGUUACCAUGGUGAUUUAAAGGAACAUUUUGCGGAGAGUUUGUGUCUGAAAUAACUUCAGUGUCACAGCAGAGACACCACAGCUGGUGUGUCUGUCAGUGGGUUUCACACUUUGUACUAAAACAGACAACACAGGAGAAUAACUAACAGAAAUAUAGAAAUACUUCAGCUUCACUUUAAAGAGGUCUAAUGAAAAUAGGAGACAUGCUAAUGAUAUUACUUUGUGAGCUUUGGUUUGUUUUACUUUCUGGGUGCUCUGCAGCUUUGACUGUAAAAUUAUUAACUCUGUUUCUGACACAACGUAAAACAUCAAAGUCAUCACGUCUGCAGGUUUAACUUCUGUCAAGUGUUGAUUUUUUAAACCUCAAAAUAACAACUAAACCACACGUCUCUGUUCUCACUGUGAACACUGACAGCAGCUUCUUACAUUACAUUAUAUGUAAUGUACAUUUAAUUGCAUUACAUUUAAUAAUUUCCUAUGU